AUGAGCAAUCACUCGAAGGAAUUUUUUGAACUCAUCCGUGGAAUUGGUGAAGCCAAAUCCAAGCAGGAGGAAGACAAAAUCAUCCUCAGAGAAAUGGCUACAUUGAAGACCGGAAUGGAAAACCCUAAAGUUACUCUAAAAAUGAUGAAAGAGUACAUGGUUAGAUUAUUGUAUUGUGAGAUGCUUGGACAUGAUGCUUCGUUCGGAUAUAUCAACGCUAUUAAAUUAACUUCUAGUAAGGAUAUGUUGGAAAAACGAGUGGGCUAUUUGGCAGUUACGCUGUGUUUGCCUCCUGAGCAUGAAUUACUUCUUUUAUUGAUAGCGAACCUUCAAAAUGAUAUGAAAUCUACAAACUAUAUUUCAGCCUGUUGUGCUCUUACUGCAGCAGCAAAAGUUGUAAAUGAAGAAACCAUACCUGCAUUACUUCCUCAAGUUCUUGAACUGAGAAAACAUGCUAAACCAAUUGUAAGAAAGAAGGCUAUUUCUACACUUCACAGAUUCUAUCAAAUAUCUCCUUCAUCAGUCCCUGAUAUUAUUGAAUACGCCAAAGAAGCUUUGUGCGAUCCUGAUCCUUGUGUUAUGGGUGCAUCUUUGUGCCUACUUUAUGAUCUAUUAUGUGUUCCAGAUAACGUAAGACAGCUCAAGGAUUUGGUUCCAGGAUUUGUUACUAUUCUGAAGCAAAUUAUUGAGAGAAGAUUAUCACGAGAUUAUGAUUAUCACAGACUUCCUGCUCCUUGGAUUCAAAUCAAACUUUUGAAAAAUAUUGCAUUACUUUGUGCUGAUGAUAGAUCUACAUCUGAGCUUGUAUAUGAAGUGCUUCGUGAAGGAAUGCAAAGAGCUGACACAGGACUCAAUAUUGGUCAUGCUGUUGUUUUUGAGUUUGUAAAAACAAUUACAACUAUUUACCCAAAUAAUUUGCUGUUGGAAAGUGCAGCCAGUGCUAUCUCUAGAUUUGUUACAAGCUCAAAUCACAAUUUGAAAUAUCUUGGGAUUCAAGCCUUGACCCAAAUUGUUAAAAUUAAUCCAAAAUAUGCCAUUCAACAUCAAAUGGUCGUUAUUGACUGUCUUGAAGACACUGAUGAAACUUUGAGAAGAAGAACAUUAGAAUUGUUGUUCACAAUGACAAAUUCAAAUAACGUUGUUGUCAUAGUCAAGAGAUUGUUGGAAUUUGCAAGAAAAUCAAUUGACACCCACAUGAGAAAAGAAUUGAUAGAAAAGAUUUCAAUUUUAGCUAAAAAUUAUUCUCCCAACAUUUCUUGGUAUCUUGAUACAAUGAAUACUUUGUUCGAAAUUGAUCCUCAAUAUAUUCCACAAGAAGCUCUUCAAAAUAUGAUGAGUGUAAUUGGUGAGGGAGUCGGAAUAGAUGAAGAUGAUGAGGAAAUGAGAAGUCAUUGUGUUGAAACUUUCUGUGAUGUCAUUGACUCAAAGAAUGUUAUUCACGAUCUUCAUAUUCAAGUCAUUGCAUGGGUUCUCGGAGAAUAUAGUUAUAUGAACGCCAAUUAUGACUCGUCCGACAUUCUCAGCAAGCUGUGCGAUUUGGUCGAUCGUCAAUUAGAAUUUGAAGAGACAAGAUGUUGGAUAAUCACAGCCAUGACUAAAAUUGUUGCUCAGUGUAAAGUUGCCUCUCCUGAAGUGCUUGAAUAUGUUAGAAAAUACAAAGACUCAAAGAAUGUAGAUUUACAACAACGAUGCUAUGAAUUCCUUGCCCUUGUUAAUGCUUGUGAGAGAAACAGUUGGGAAGAAAUUAUGGAUAGUGUUUUGCCACUUGAUGGAGCGUAUGAAGAUAUUGAAGUUGAUAUUGAUUUAUCUUUUGCUCAAGAUUAUGUAAACAUUAUGAUCAGAAAAGGAUCAAGAAAGUACUUAAAUAACGAAGAAAAGAAGGUCUUGCUCACAGAAAAUGCCAAACCUGUCAAACGUACUGGUCUUAUGGUUAAUGCCUACCCAACUGUUAAGGCAACUCCAAAUCCUGUCUCCACUUCAGGAAUAGUUUCAACAGCACCUAUUGAUAUUGCUUCUCGUGCCUUUUCCGCAACUAAUAACACAACUGAUAUCAGCACGUCACUUCCAAAAAAAGCAAGGCAAAGGAAGAUGGUUACUUCACCCUCCUCAGAAAGUCAUCACAAUGAAGUUCAUAAGCCACCUGUCACAAUUUCAACAGCGGAAGCCAAAAGAAAACAAAAAUACCAAGAUCUCUUUGUCACUGAUUCAGGUUCAACGGCAACUACUAAGGUGUCAACUCAACCAAAAAAGACUGCUCCAAAACGAAAGACAUCCAAGGGACCAACUGCUAAACCAAUUCUUCAACCGACUACAGUUGAGUCAACACCUGUCCAGCAAUCACAACCUAUUUCUGUUGACGACAUUUUCAGUGAUAUGGUGAUGACUAAUCCAGUUCCUCAAGUUGUGCAUACUGCUACUCAGCCAAAAUCUACAAUGAAUGAGCUGGAUGACUUCUUUAGCAUGACUACUACGGCUCCAUCUGUCGCCACUGUGAGCACACCUCAAACUACUCAAGAUUCAUUCUUUGAUCAAAUUCUUCAGCCAAGCAAACCAUCAUCAGUUGCUCUACAACCAGUUCCAAUGUCCAAGUCAAAUGACAUUAUUAUACCACAAUCAAAGAACAAAAGGACAAGCUACAUGAUUCAACAAUUAGCAUCUUCACACAAGAGUGCUUUCUCAGAUUUGGUUCAAUUAGUUCGAGAUGACCGUGUUUUGGUUGAGUACAACAAAUUCUGGAAGUCUGACUCUUUAAUUGUUGCCUUAGUGUUGUCAACAGACAGAGGCUUUGUGCUUCCACAAAUCAGUUGUCAAUUUUCACCACCAUCUGCCUUUGCAAUGACCAUCCAAUCUGAUGUAGAAUCUAAACAAAAACCAAAUGGGCUUACAUUUAACUCUUUGGAUACUACAAGACCAAUUUAUGUAGCUAUUACUUUAACUCCAACUGAUAUUGUUAUGGGAACUCGUCUUGUUGGACAAGUUGCUUACUCAAAUGAGCAAAAUUUUGCGAGCUAUUUGAAUGUUAACAUUCCAAUCGAUACCAUUGACAUAAUUACGGAGUAUCCUGAUUUUGGAUCUACUUCUCAAUUUGCGGAAGGUUGGAGAAAAUAUACUCAAGAAAAGAAAAACCUUAUUAAGCUUACUGGUCCGUUCGAUAUCAACAGAUGUAUUGAUACCUUGAAGCAAAAAGCAAAGAUAUCUAUUAUCCAAAUUAUUGAUAUGGAGGUGAUUGGCGUUUGUAGAGUUGUUGGACGAAGCGACGUAAUUUUGAUUCACAGCAAAUUCAACGCUACAGCCAACAGUGGAACAAUUACCGUAAGAACUGCAGACAGAACCUUGACUGAAAAUGUUUCAAGAUUGGUUUCCUCAAUAUUCUAA